UUUUCAGCUCUGCUCAAUUUCAGAUGGAUUCACGGGUAUGGCUGCCGCUGAUUGGAGCGCAUUUGCUGCCUCGAGACAUUAGUGUUAUUACUCAGAUGAUUGCAAAUAAUAAUAAUACAUCAAUUUCGAGAAGUAGCACCAAUAGCAGCAAACCCGAAGAGAAGAAUUCGAAAAAGUUUCUCAUUGAACGAUUUCUCGAUGAUGAUCCUUCACCACCAGCAUCGAUUCUUUCGCCAUCACCCAAGGCAGCCAUACCCAGUCCAAUUAUAAAUCCAGCAGUGGAGUUUGUAAACGGAGGCUACGGAGUCAAAAACCCCCUGGCUCCGUUGAUCAGCUCCUUCGAAACCACCUCAAUUCCGUGUUCAACAGUAUCUCCUUCAUCCCUCAUCUCCUCCAGCAAAGACGAGUUCCAAGAUUCAUUAACCUGUCACAUUUGCGGCAAAAAGUUCGGUUUACAACGUCUUCUGAACCGUCACAUAAAGUGUCAUAGUGACCUGAAACGGUAUCUAUGCACAUUUUGUGGAAAGGGUUUCAACGAUACAUUCGACUUAAAAAGGCAUACCAGAACACAUACAGGCGUCCGUCCCUACAAAUGUGAGCAAUGCGAGAAGUCGUUCACUCAACGAUGCUCCUUGGAAUCCCAUUUACGGAAAGUUCACGGUGUCACUCAUCAAUAUGCCUACAAAGAGCGUCGUAGUAAGGUAUUCGUCUGUGAAGAUUGUGGUUAUACGGACGAAAAGUUCGAAGUCUAUCUAUCUCACAUCAAGGUAGUACACCCCUUCUCGGCCGCCUACCUUCGGUUUACACAGCUUCAGAAAAAGAACUCAUCGAUGAAACCCGAACAACUUUCCAAGAUCUCCCUAUAAUACUCACCUUUUUUCCUAUUUAAUUUUUAAUUUUUUUUAGAAAUUAGCUAUUUUCCAAAAAUCCUCCAAAUCAUCGUCAUUUCCCCAUUUGUUGGUGAUCCUUUUUGCACCCCCGUGACUGAUUUAUUAACCCCAAUGACACUAUUUUCUCUCCGUCCAAGACCCUUUUCACCCAUUUCUGUCUUCUAGAUGAUUCCAUGAUGUAUUUAACUUAUACCAAUGACAACAAAUUUUCCCAAAAAAUGACACAUUUUAUUGAAAUAAAAAAGUUUCUCCUUUU